AUGGACGGCGGUCACGGCGAGGGGAACGCGGGGGGAGAGGGAUUUGGGCGCGGAGCACGGGGAAGGGGUGGUCGGGGGGGAUUUCGCGGAUCUGGGGGAAGGGGAGGUGGAUUCGGCGGAAGGAGCGGGGGGGUUGGCGGAAGGCGAGGGGGAUUCGGACAUGGACAUGGGGGAGUAGAGGCGGGUGCAGGCAGGGGAGAUGGCGGGGGAGGAAACCGGGGGAGGGGCCGAGGGAGGGGGAGAGGCGGAAAGGAAGGGAACAACGUGCAGUUAGGAACCCAAACUACAUCUGCUAAUAACGACACGCAGCCGCUUGCAUCGAUGGCUACUAAUAUGAGCGCGGGGGUUCCCGAAUCCGCCGUUAUAGUCAACCCCGAUACUGUGACGACACGUGUAGCAGCUUCUUCUAUUAUCGCAACGGCGAAGCGAGUUGUAGUGGUCACUUCGGGAGGUGCAGGAUCGGGAGGUGCAGGAUCGGGAGGUGCAGGAUUGGGAGGUGCAGGAUCGGGAGGUGCAGGAUCGGGAGGUGCAGGAUUGGGAGGUGCAGGAUCGGGAGGUGCAGGAUCGCAAUCUGCGGAGGAGGAUAAGGCGGCGCGGAAGAGGAAGAAGAAAGAGAGGCAGAAAGAGAAGAAGGAGAUGAUGAAGAUGAUGCAAGAGAAGCAGGCGGGGGAUGCAGCCGGAGUGGGGAAGGAAGCAAUUGAGCAGCAGCAGCGAGCCGCAGAAGCUGAAAAGCCAGCUGUAUUGGCUGAAUCGACGGACACUGCAGAGGAGGACAAGGCGGCGACUUUGAAGACGCCUCAAAAUGCUGAAUUUGCGGAAGCUGUAGAGGAGGAUAAGGCUGCGCGGAAGAGGAAGAAGAGAGAGAGGCAGAAAGAGAAGAAGGAGAUGAUGAAGCAGAUGCAGGAGAAGCAGGCAGAGGAACCAGCCGGAGUGGGGAAGGAAGCAAUUGAGCAGCAGCAGCGAGCCGCAGAAGCUGAAAGGCCAGCUGUAGUGGCUGAAUCUUCGGACGCUGCAGAGGGGGUUAAAGCGGCGGUUUUUACGGUGCCUCAAAAGUCUGAAUUCACGGAAGCUGCAGAGGAGGAUAACGCGGCGCGGAAGAAGAAAAAGAAAGAGAAGAAGGAGAUGAUGAAGAGAAUGCAGGAGAAGCAGGCGGAGGAAGCAGCAGCAGUAGCGAAAGACGCAAUCGAAACUAAGGCGCCUCAAAAGGCUGAAACUUCGGAAGCUGCAGAGAAGGCGGCACGGAGGAAGGAGAAGAAGAGAGAGAAGAAAGAGAAGAAGAUGCAGGAGAAGCAAGCAAAGGAAGAAGCCGGAGUAGGAAAGGAAGCUUCUGAUGAAACUACACCGUCCAAACCAGAGUCGAUUCCGUCAGUAUCAGAACUGGUUCAGUCAAAUCCAGAGCUGAUUCCGUCAAAGCAAGCUCCUGGAGCUGGGAUUCCGUCAAAGCAGGCUCCCGGACCUGGGAUUCCGUCAAAGCAGGCUCCUGGAGCUGUGAUUUCUUCAAAGCAGGCUCCUGGACCUGGAAACCUGACAGAUCCAGUGGCGCACGCAGGGGAGGGGCAAAACGAGGCGGAGAGGAAGGAAAUGGAGAAGCAGGAGAAAAAAAAGCAGAAGAGAGAGAGGCAGAAGGAGAAGAAGCAGCAGCAGCAGCAGCAGCAGCAGCAGCAGCAGCAGCAGCAGCAGCAGCAGCAGCAGCGAGAGAGUGGAAGUGGGACCGACAAGCAGCAAAGAGUUGGCAGUGCUGGUCCCUCAAUCAACAAUGGCAGGGAUGGCACUGGUUUAGGGUUUAAGACUCCUCCACCAACUGGUUGGGGGGAUGCAGCAUCCAUGAAUGCAGAGGGAGGCUCGGAGGCUUUUGAUUCGGUUCCAAAGUCAUCUGUCUCGGUGGAGUGGGGUGAUUCAACCCAAAAGUCAUCUGUUUCGGUUGAGUGGGGUUCUUUGUCGCCCACUUGUUGGGAUGCGAGGACCUGUGGUUCAGAUCGGACAGCUCAGGCGUUUAUUGGGGCUGGCAAUAGCGAGGACAGGGGGAAGGAGAAGGGUUUCAGGGGGUGCUUCGCCCCGCACUUGCCGCUUGAAGUUGCCAAGCAGAGGAUCCAGGACGGCACCCUUUUUGCUGCAUCAUUCAGGGUCAACGCACGGAAUCGAUUUGAGGCGUAUGUGACUAUAGAGGGAGUUCCUCGGGAUGUCCUGAUUUAUGGUCUCAAGGCACAGAAUCGAGCGGUUGAAGGAGACACAGUCGCAGUGGAGGUAGACCCUCCGUCACUGGAACCCAGUGACCCACAGAUAGGCGCCACACAGGAAGAGAAUGGCUCUCUGAACACUCACUGCGCGCCAAGCACUGGUGCAGCGACUGGAGUUGAGGCAGGGAGAGGAGGGAGAGGAGGGGGAGGAGGGGGGAGAGGGGGAGGAGGGGAGAGAGAUGAGGGGAGUAGGCAGGGGGGAAAGGCGGAGGCAAUAGAGAGGCUGGCGCGGGUAGUGAGGGGGAAUCCGGAUCUGCGGCUGACGGGGCGUGUGGUGGCGAUUGUUCAUUGGUCGGCGCGGAGAGAGGCGGUGGUGGGGCGGCUGGAGCUGCUGCCAGCUGCAGGGGCGCAGAUGGAGAAGGAGAGGCAGAGGCGACGGGCUGUGGAGAGGAAGAAGCGAGUGGGGGAGAAGCAGCAGCGGAAGCAGGAGAAGCAGGGGCAGCAGGGGCAGCAGAAGCAGCAGCAGCAAGAGAAGGAGCAACAGCAGGAGCAGCAAGGGCAGCAGGCGGCAAUGGGGGGGAAUGCGAAGGUGAAUGGGAGCGGGGUUACUAGCGGAGGUGAUGAGAUUGAAGAGGGGGAGGUGAUUGGAGAAGAGGAAGAGGGGGGAAUGGUUCUGGAAGAAGGGGAGGUGGUUGGGGAAGAGGAGGGGGAAGUGGUUCUAGAGGAGGGGGAAGUGGUUGGAGAGGAGGAAGCGGUAUUCCUCUCUAUGGAAGCUGGUGAUAGGGAACCGUCUUCCUCUGCUGUUGAAUUGAAGGAUUCUGUUGUUGGUGCUCAUACUGCCCCUGCUAGUGCUUUUCCUGUUGACGCUCCUGCUCCUGCGGCUGCUGCUGCUGCGGCGGCUGCUGCUGCUGUUGCUGGUAGCAGCAGUGACAGUAUCGGAGUCAGCACAGCUAGCACAGGGCUCGAAGUGCAAUCAGCGUUGCCAGUGCCAAGUUUUGCAGACUUCGGUAUAGUCACGUUCACUCCAGUGGACCCUCGGUUCCCCCGCAUGCUAAUCCGAAUUAGUACUCUACCCAAGGAGAUUAAAGACCUCGUCUUAGCAGCCUCCUUAGUCUCUGACACGCGUCAGAAGGCUGACAGGACGAGGACCAAUAAGAGCGGCCCUAGCCUGGCACCGAUAGAAGAGGUUGCUUCUGUCGCUGCUGAUGCUACGGAUGCGACCGGGGCUGAUGCGACUGAGCCUGUAGCGAGUGUGACUGUAGCGGAGACAGCUGUAGCGGCGUCAGUAGCAGCCGCAGAUGAGGCGGCAGCGGCUGUUGCAGCAGCAGCGGAGGUGAGGCAGAUGCUAGUAGCCGCCAGGCUAUCCCGCUGGUCUGCAGGCCAGUUCCUGCCCUUCGGUAUAGUCACACAGAGCCUGGGGCCGGCAGGGGACGCUGAGACUGAAACGAGGGCGAUUCUGGCCCAGUUUGGAAUCCAUGGGGCGGAUUUUUCGCCGGAAGUAUUAGCAGAGUUGCCUUGUGGGGCUGGUGGGACGAGGGGUGAUAAUGAUGGUAAGUGUGGUGAUAGUAGCGAGGGUGCUACUAACAAGGGUGUAAGCAGUAGUGGCGUGGCCGGGGGCAGUGGCAGCAGCGGCAGCAAGGGGGGCAGCAGCAGCAUUGGCGGCAGCAGCAGCAGUGGGUGGAAGAUUCCUGCAGAGGAGAUAGCAGCUCGCAGGGACUUUAGAGGCAUGCGCGUGAUCACUAUAGACCCGCCCACUGCUCGAGACCUGGAUGAUGCUCUGUCUAUAACGAGGAUAAAGGCUGGGGGGGCAAAGGGGAAGAAAAAAGGGAAGGGGAAGGGGAAGGGGGAGCAGGAGCAGGGAGAGGGGGAGAAGGGGAAGGGGGCGGUGAAAUGUGUGAAGGAGGGUGAGGAGGAGGUAGAGGAGGAAGAAGAGGAGGAGGAGGAGGAGUUGUACCAAGUUGGAGUUCACAUUGCUGACGUGUCAUACUUCAUACCGCCCGGAUCCGCACUAGAUGCCGAAGCCGCCCGGCGGUGCACGACAGUGUAUCUAAUCCAGCAGGCCAUGCCGAUGCUCCCCCGCCCGCUGUGCGAGGACCUCUGCUCGCUACAGCCGGGGGUUGACAGGCUGGCGUUUUCGGUGGUGUGGGACGUGACUGUAACGGGGGAGGUGAGGCGGCAGUGGGCGGGAAGGUCUGUGAUUCGUCCGUGUGUCCAGCUGGCGUAUGGGCAUGCGCAGGAGAUGAUUGAUGGGAGGUUUGGGGGAGGGGAGGAGGUGGCAGGGUGGGGGCGGGGAGGGGGAGAGGGGAAGAAGGGGAAGGAGGUGAGGGAGGAGGGGGAUGAUGAGAGUGGGAUUGGGAGUGUGAGUGAAGGGGGGAGUGAGGGGGCGGGGAGCAGAGGAGGAGACGGAGAGGGCGGAGGAGGCGGAGGGGGCGGAGGGGGAGGAGGCGGUGGAGGGGUGGGGAAGCUGGACGGCAGAGUGAACGAGGACUGGCGGCCGGUCGUAUACGGAGGCCACAGGUGGCACGAUGUGAUUGGAGACGUGCUGGCGCUGCACCGUAUGGCGCAGAGCCUGAGACGGGCAAGGGAGGAGAGGGGUGCGCUCAUGCAGCUGCAGACAUCCAAACUGAGGUUCUCCUUUGAUGCAGAGGAAGGGGAGGAGGGGGAGGAGGAGCUGGGGGGCAUUGGGGAUGUGGGCGUGGGUAACAACACCAACAACACCAACACCAACACCAACACCAACACCAACACCAGCACCAGCAGCAGCGGUGGCGGUAGCAAUGGUAAUAAGUGGAGGCCUGUGGGUGCAGCAGUGGCGCCGGCAACAGCAGCAGCAAAUCAUCUGGUGGAGGAGCUCAUGCUUCUGGCCAACACCACCGUGGCGAAUAUCAUUUCUCGCGCCUUCCCUUCCGAUGCUCUGCUCAGGCGCCACCCCCCUCCGAACGCCAAGAAGAUGGGCGCCUUUCUUCGCUUCGCAUGCCAGCAGGGUGUGCUGUCAGUAGGGUGUGCUGUCAGCAGGGCGCCACCCCCCUCCGAACGCCAAAAAGAUGGGCGAAUUCCUGCGCUUCGCCUGCCAGCAGGGUGUGCUGUCAGCAGGCGCCACCCCCCUAGUAACGCCAAGAAGAUAGGCGAUUUCCUGCGCUUCGCCUGCCAGCAGGGUGUGCUCUCUGCAGAGCGCCACGCCCCUCCCGACGCCAAGAAGAUGGGCGAUUUUCUGCACUUUGCCUGCCAGCAGGGCGUGCACUUAGCAGGUUUCAUGCGCCACCCCCCUCCCAACGCCAAGAAGAUGGGCGAUUUCCUGCGCUUCGCCUGCCAGCAGGGCGUGCUCUCAGCAGAGUUUUGCAAGAAAUUGGUGCGAGAGUGCCCAGAACUGAAGCAGCUUAUAGCGGGUACAGGCGGGGGAAAAGGGCCAGGAGGUUUGGAGGAGGAAACAGAAGGGGAGACGGAGGGAGCCGGGGGUGGCAUGGAUGGAGUGAUACCGUCCAAAGUGCUGAGUGAAAUACUUAACGAGGUGGGGCGGGCGGUGGAGGAUCCAGGGGAGAAAGCGCUGCUGCUGCUGAUGGCGACUAAACCCAUGCAGCUGGCUCAGUACUUCUGCCGAGGACAGUGGGGUGGGAAUGAUGGUGAUGGUGAUGAUGGUGAUGAUGGGGAUAAUGGUGGGGAUUGUGCAUGUGGUGGGGACGACAAUGAUGGGUUUUUCAGGGGUGGUGGAUUUCGGGGAGGUAGAUCUGGGGGAGGUAGAUCUGGGGGAGGCAGGUCUGGCAGGGGGGGUAGGUCUGGUGGAGGUAGAUUCGGGGGAGGUAUAUCUGUGGGAGGUAGUUCUGGUGGGAAAGCAGGUAUAUCUGGUGGAGAAGGCGAGUGGACGUCUCAUUACGGGCUCGCUCUCGACCUAUACACGCAUUUCACCUCCCCGAUCCGCCGCUACGCUGACGUCAUCGUGCACCGCCAGCUGGCGGCCGCGCUGGCGGCAGAGGAGAGGCUUAUAGCGAGGAUGGGGCUGAGCAGCAGUGUGAAGUGGGAGAAGAAGGGAUUGGGUGCAGGAAGGGGAGCAGGAGAAGCAGGAGAAGCAGGAGAAGCAGGAGAAGCAGGUGGCGCGACAAGUGAGAAAGGAGAGAGGGGUGGAGCAGAAGGAGCAGGAGGGAAUAGGCAUGAGGUGAGUGGUGAUGUCAACGUUACGCUGCUUAGGAAGCUGACUGGGAUAGCGGCUGGAGGUAGGGUGCUCACUGCUGUGGGGGAUCCGCUGGGGCUGCUGGCAGGGUGUGGAAGGAGUGGAGGGAGUGGAGGGAGUGGAGGGAGUGGAGGAGAGGGGAAGGGAGAAGGGAGGGGAGAGUUUGCAGGGGAGGAGGGUAUGCAGGGAGGGCGAGGUGGGAGAGGAGGGACAGGAGGGAGAGGAGGGAGAGGAGGGAGACGGGGAGGGAGAGGACGGGGAGGAGGAAAGGGAGGGAGAGGAGGAGGAGGGGCGAAUGAAGACAAGAAGAGCCUGUUACGUCGCGAGCUGGUAACCGCAGUGCGGCACGAGUGCCAGCUGGUGCACAAGGAACGAGCGAUGCCGCCCGCCGACACCGUCGCUGACGUGGCGACGCGGUGCAACGAGAGGAAGCUUGCCGCCCGAUACGCGCAGGAGGCGAGCGAGCGGCUGUUCCUGUGCCUGCUGCUGCGCCGCACCCAGGGGUGCCUUUCCAACGCAUGGGUGACGGCGAUCGGGCCGCGUUACAUGAACGUCUACAUCGAACGCUUUGGGGUGACUCAUUGCCGUGCUCCCUCCCUCGCUUCUUCCCUCCCUCUCUGCCCCGCCAUGCUCUCUGCCCCGCCGUGCUCUCUUCUCCCCUCCUCUCUUCUCCCCUCCUCUCUUCUCCCCUCCUCCCUCCUGUCUGUGCAGAUGGAACGACCCAUCCACUUCAACUCUAUCCCCAACACCACGUGCCAAUGGGUCGCUGCCACUAGCACUGUCAUCAUUAGCGCCAAGCCUCCUCCUUCCGAGGCUAACUCCAAGGCUCGGAACGGAAAGGUUCAGAAAGACCAGGCUCGGAACGGCACGGCUGGAACUGCUGCAGAGUGCAGAGCAGCAGCGGCGGUGGCAGAUCUACCAGCAGAUGAUUUGGCCCAUCUGAUUUCGCCAGCAGCGUUGGUUCAGAAGAAUGGCGGGGAUACAAUCGGUAGUAGCAGUGAUAACGAGGAGAGAAGUGGCCGUGCUGUGGCAAGUGGGGGUUCGGAGAAUUCUACUGGAAUUUCAGGCCUGGCUGCAGAUGACCUUGCCCGUAGCAUCUCGCCUGAUUUGCUUGAAGGAGAUGAUGACGCAGACGGUGGAGGAGGUGGUACUUAUAACGAGGAUGACAGUAUCUUGCUGGUUGAUGGAGCGCUGGCAGCUGCGGCCGAGGCAGCAGCGGGAGUGGGGGACGAGGGAGAAGGGGGUGUGCUGCAGCCUGUGGUGCUGCAGCCUGUGGUGCUGCCGCUGACUCUCCGUGUCAUGGCUCAGGUGCCUGUGUUUGUGCAUACCACAGGGGGUGGCAAGCAGCUGAUGGACAUUGGGGCUCGCUUGUACAUUGGCUGA